UAUAAAACAAGCAAUAGCCCAAAAUCAUUUAAAAUAUCUCAUCCUCGUAAAAGUGUUUUUAUUAUUAAACGUAACUUAUCCACUAGUAGUAAAUUAUAUAAGUCUAAAACAAUAAAUAUUGAUAAUCUUAUUAAACCAGAUCAAGAUUGAUCUACUCUCUCAGAAAUAUUUGAAGAAUUAGGUGUAACUCCUGAAAUUUCAUGAGAUAAUUUACAUGAUCCUUAUGUUAGAGAAGCUAUUAGAUCUGAAUUAAAAUCUAAAAGUGGUAUUUAUAUUAUUAUUAAUAAAAUUUCACGUAACUAUUAUAUAGGUUCUGCACAAACUAAUAAUUUAUAUCGUAGAUUUCAUAAUCAUUUACUUACUAACAAUAAUAAAGGUAGUAAAAUUGUGCAAAGAGCAGUAAAUAAAGAUGGUUUAAACAAUUUUGUAUUUGCUAUAAUAGAAUAUUAUCCUUUUAUUGUUACUAAUGACAAUAAACAAGAAUUAUUAGCUUUAGAAACUUCUUAUAUAGGAUUAUUACUUCCUAUAUAUAAUAUAGAAACUGAAGCUAGUCGUUGAUCUGGUUUAAAGUCUGAUCAAGUUACUUUCUCUAAUAAACUUAAUUUAAUUAAAUUAUCUUUACUAGAAGAACGUAAAGAGUUACUUAAAUCUAUUAAGGAUAAACAUAUGGAAGAGUAUAAUGCUCAAAGAUCUAAAAAACUUAGUGAAAUAGCUAAAAAUAGAACUUCUGAUUAUUGAACACCGAAAGGUAUUGCUAAUAUUAGUAAAGGUUCAAGGAAAGUUAUAUUUCUUAAAUCUUCAUUAACUGAUCAUAACAAUCUUUGUCAAUUUGAAAAAGUUACAUCUGCUGCUAAUUAUUUAUGUUGUAGUCAAAAAACUAUUCAACGAGCAUUACACGCUGGCUAUAUAUAUGUACCUAAUACAUUUUUAACUUAUUUAUCUCCAAUUUAUUUAGAUAAAUCUAAUUGUAUUUUAGAUAAUAUUGAUACUACUACUUUAGGUAAAAAAUACGAAUAUACUAAACCUAAAAAAGGGUUUAAACUUAAAUUAAAAGCUACUUUAAUGAAAAAAUCUAACUUUACUAAAAUAUAUAUUUCUAGUACUUUAGCUAGAUUAAUAUAA